AUGCCCGAGAGUCCGUCCGAGCUUAAUUUCGACUCCCCAGACCUAAGAUACGGGUCGGUGAUGGAUAAUAAUAUGCCAGAUACCGGUGAAAGGCCGCUAGCUCUAGGUGGUCCCGGUGCCAGCUUCGGCAGCGGUUCUAGUGUCGGUAGCGCGCGUCAUAGCCGUAGUCAACCCGGUCCCAACGUGGCCCAGACACUUACCGCCGGCUUAGAGAGUGCCAUAAAAGAGGACGAGGCCCGCUACCGCCAGCUUAGCGAACCUAACCAUAUCUCCGAGAUCUCGCCGUGGCUACGGAAGAGCGCGUUCCACCAGUACUUAGCCGGGUUGGAAGCUAAAUUAGUUACCAUAUCACAUACUACGCCCAGGUUGGACAACGAUAACCCGCGACUUUAUGAGUUAGUCUGGUCUAUCGAGCGUGUGCUGCAAAAGGCGUACGAGUUGGUGCCAAACUUAUUAUAUGUCGAUACGUGGGUGGAGGUAUUGACUACAGCGUUAGGUAUUAGCGCGAAGCUAGUCGAGUUACGUCUACGGGAGGAUAGGGAGAUUACUAGUAAUACUAAGGAGGAGGAGGAGGAGGAGGAGGAGGAGGAGGAGGAGGAGGAGGAGGAGGAGGAGGAGGAGGAGGAGGAGGAGGAGGAGGAGGAGGAGGAGGAGGAUACUCAUCUAGUAUCCGAACCCUAA